CACAUUCCGACUGGUUGCACCCUGCCCAAUCAGCUAUCUCACCCUUGCCAUCCUAUCGGUGCUGGGCUGCAAACUCACCACGACAUCUAAUAUGGAGACGAGGUAGGCCCCCUGUGGUCUUGGCAAAGCGCCGUCAAGGUAGGUGUCGUUCGGGUGAUGGACCGUCUACCUGACAGAUUUAUAAAAGCAAAAGGUCGCCAGCGGUGAGCCCCAAGGGCCUGUGUAAUCGUCGAAAUUGACGCGCACUGGCUGGUAGGACUGGCUGGGGCAGGGUGAACGAUCCCGUGUGCAAAAUGUCCACCUUCUCUUGACAAACAUGCGUACCUAGGUGGAGAGCAACACGUCCACCACCCAUGGCUUGGUCCCUGAUGGUUUUGGAGUGCUGUGCAGAUCUUCCUUGAAACCUUGAACGGCUGACAACUAGUGGUUCAAGAUCACCUGAUACUAAUAGCAAAGCCUCCGAGAUCAGAUUCCCACAAAUACACACGAUUAGUACUACCACACCCAUCAUGCGGCCAUGUCCACGCCGAUAGGUGUCAACACAAGGCUACCAACAUACCCAGUCCCAAACGGCACACACCAUCACACCGCUCACACAUCUCGUCAUGCCACCAACCCCAUCACGCCGCCCCGGCCGCGUACCGCACCGUCGCCCUGGGCUAACGCCAACUGCCUCCCCUGGCCCCCCGCUGCCUUGCAUUGUCCCACGUCCUCAGGUCGCCAGGGCGGCUGAGGAACCAGCCGGCCUGUGAGACGUGUCCCAGGGCGCGUAGCGUCGACCGCGGCCGCCGCCCCAACGCGAGUGCCUGCUGCCGCUACUGGCCUCCGAGGCCGUUCGUGCGGAGGGCGGGCGGUAGCUGUCGUACCUCGCAGCCGGCUCCUGGGUUUCGUCGUCGCUGAGGUCAGCCGGCCCGUUCAGGCCGUCGUCGCUCAGCGCGGACGGGCGGCGCCGCGGUCCGUCGCCCACCACCACGUCGCGGGGAGGCGAGGGAUCGGGCGCUCCAGGGAGCAUAACCUCGCUUCCGCCACUGCCGCGCUCGAAGACGUAAGGGGCAGCAGCCUCCCGCGGCCUGUCGCCGUCCGCGGCCGUGAGGGAGCCAUGCUCCUCGAGGCGCUGCCGGAUCUCAUCGGGGACGACGUUGGUCCUCCUCCCGUCCCAGUCGCCCCGCCUCCACCAGUCCGUCUCGAUGGGCCAGUGGGCCUGCUCCACGCCGUCUUGGUCGGUGUAGAUGACGAUGUUGCCGUCGCGGUCGAGGUCCUGCAGCUUGCGCCGCAGCGACGCCUUGAUCUUCCCCCAGACGGCCUCCUCGAAGCCGGGGUACGUGCAGCCCAUGGCCGUCACCAGGGCCGUGAUGUCCUUGCCGCAGUUCCGCGGGCAACACUUCUGCGUGGCGAGGAACUGGAACAUGGCGCGGUUGCAGGAAUCACACCAGGGAAUCCGUUUGCCUGGGGCUGCGAGAAGGUGCCGGAUCCGGACGCCCUCAACAACCUUGCAGCCCGGGUCAGCAGCAAGACCAACAGCACCAGAGAGCGCUUCCAUGGAAACAGAAUAAAGGGGGGGUGAGGGAUGUGGAAUGCUCGCCUACCUCGCUCGUGACGUUGUGUCGCUUAGGCAUCGUGGGCUAGUCGUCGUGCAGGCAAAGAACGGGAAGGGUGAAGUUUGAGCGCCUAGCAACUGCCGCAAGGACAGUAGCCCGUCGCGCGAAGCCAUCUGUUAUAUGCUUGAGCGCCGGUAUGGCCGCCCAGCCCCGCCAUCCAACACCUCCGUCCCGUCCCUGGCAAAACUGUGAUGUGCUCGCCCAGUAUGCCACUACCACGUGUGAGUCCUCACGUGAUGAAACAGCUGCGAGUGGCACCCCAUUGUCCUACCGGCAGACCUUGCCUGGCCUGACCCCUAGCCGGAGCCGCGUUGGAGUCAUUGGAGCCAAUAUCGUCUGUGUGAAAGUCGCAGAUCGACCCCGUUGUCGGUCAGGUCCGAUGCCUGUACCGGCAUCUGCCACGUGCGUGUUGUCAGGGGCCCAGUAUCACCGGCAGCCAGUAUCACCAGCCAAGACGUGCCCGGGACGCAUAGGCACGACAGGAUACCUCAUCACCACCAUGGAGGGCUUAUUCCGACCACGCGGAAUGGCUUGUCUACGUUGAGGUCUGUGUAUCCAGAGGGCAGGAGGCGGUGCUCUGUCCGUGCAUCAAGGCAUGCUGGCCGAUGCCAUGCACCAAAGUAGACGUGACAAGGACAAAUGCCAUAAGGCCCAGGCAGGCAAGCAGUAGCAGCUACCACAGCUGUGCCGCAGGGCGUGGGGCUGUUGGGCCUCAUCAAUGAGCACCCCACGGGGCACAACCAGGAACCACGGUUGAAACCCACGCAAGAAAGUGUGCCAACCAUUCUCCUUCCGACCUGCAACACCAAGAAGGCAGACCAGGAUAACAAACCGUGCUCAAAAGGUGUGGGUGUGCCGGGGUAUCCAUCUCCCUCUGCCUUGGUCCCAGCCACACCAGCCCCUGGCUGUGGUGGUGCUGCACUAGCCUGCUGCCAGAAACAUCUGCCCGCCAAUUGGAGGUUCUUGUCAGCAGCCGUCACGCUUGAGUCGCCAACAAAACAUAGCGUUGACCUAAAACCAAUGGACACCGUCUUUGUCCAAGCCGCGGGGCGGGUAGCGCCGGAGCUGCCGUGACAAGGUCCUGUUACAGUACUGCGGGGGUGUGCAGCCGCCUUGUCGGACUUCAACCUUUGCGUCUAGCUCCAGCACGGACGUGUGCGCGGCACAGGGACCCGCAGUGGGCCCUUCAGGACUGAUCCCGCCCCUCUUAGACAUGUAAUUGGUCCUCAGAGGAAGUCGUCACCCCUGUCCGGGGACACAAGGGUUGCCGCCGACGUUGAAGAUUAGCCGCGAAGAUUGAAGAUGAGCCGCGAAGAUCGACUCCCAUCCUCAGCCCUUCAGGUUUUUGAGUACCUGCCCGCGUACCUGCCAUGUAUCCACCGGCUCUCCUCCUAGGACCCAACCAGUCAGGAAACCAGCCCUGGCCACAGCGUGGGGCCCGCGGCAGCAGUGCCAGGACCAUGCGUGUCUCAUCACGCAUGGUCGUGCUGAGCCACCGUCGCUAUCAAGCUCACACCGAGCUGCCGUCCAGCUGCGGGCGUUAUAGAAUACUGGUGGCUUGAGGCGAGGGUGGCUUGAGGCGAGGGUGGCUUGAGGCGAGGGUGGCUUGAGGCGAGGGUGGCUUGAGGCGAGGGUGGCUUGAGGCGAGGGUGGCUCAAUAGUUCCCACAGGUAUCAAACACAGCGCUUUUAUCAAUUAUCUAGCCCUACCCUCAUAUCAACAUUAGGCCAAGAUCUCAAUUAGGCCAUUGGCUCCAUGCCACGCCAACGGCCCCGCUCUAGACAGAGACCCUACAACACAGGACAAGGACGGACAAGGACAUCAGGGAUAGUAGAUAUCAUAUUAGAUUAGGACUUUACAUCAGAACGAGGACAUCACGAGAACAGGUUGUAUUAAAAUGCUUGCUCGUCAUACAUUACAUCGAUACCUCGAAGGUCCCGCCUCUCCCUUCGGCGCCAAAGGGAGCAGUUCCACCUCAUCUACCACACCGUCCUCACUUUUCAUCCCAGACGUCGUUCCCCGGGAACACGAUAUUCCUGGUGCACCACGCUACGGGUCGGAACGCUUCUGAGGGCCGUGGCGAAGCUUCGCGAAUGCUUCGGACAGCUCCAUCGUGUGCGACUGGGUGCAGGCUGCCUCUGCGGUGCUUUUCGGGGCGGCGGCGGACGGCGUGGGACGACGGUUUCGAUACGCGAGUGGCUGGACCGAGUCGGCCUGACGGCGCUUCCGGCCGCCCUCCUCGGCGGCGGCGGCGGCGGCAAGCUCGACCCUGAGCGUGUCCCCGGCGCGCGUCAUGAGGCCUGCCAGCUCCUCGAGGGCCAGGGUCGGCGCGGCGUGGGGUGGGCAGGUGAACCUGAUGGUGAUGUUGCGGGGAUUACCACGGCCGGCCGCGUCGCCGGCGAGGGCAGCGGCCACGUGGCCGCGAAAGUACUCGACGAGCACCCCAGGCUCGCAGACGCUGAACUCGACGUCAGGGAGCUCCUGCCACGCUACGGUCAGAUUCUUCUACGUGUCGUGUUCUCGGCUCGCCUCGGCGCAGAGGAACGUGACGCACAUAUGGGGAGGCGACGCUCUCAGGUGCAGGCGGCUGCUCGGAAUUCUCGGCAACCUCGACCUCCUCGAGAUCCUUGAGGCCCUCGACGGACGCCAGCUCUGAUUUCAGCGACGCCAUGGCUGGGGCCACGCAGCAUCAGUCAUGAUCUCAGGGGAGAGGCCAGGAGCCUCAAUGGGCCGGGCAACGCCGGGCAAACACGGAUAAGUUGAGCCGCGCACCUAGCGGGUCUCCCUCAUAAGACCUCUAGGGGGGAACCUAUCGCUAGGAGUAUGGGACAAGGGGACUGUGCACUUACAGCUCGGCUUGGGAACAGUAUUUAGGGAGGGUAAGGUGUAGGUGUGUAAAGGCAAGAGACGUGGGAGUAUUCCAGGGCGCGGAGAGGUUUACAAGGCGCAAACUCCUCACUGCUUUGACAGACCGGAGAAGGAAUUAGACAGGACCUAUGAAGUAGGCCCAAGAAUGGCCCGGAUCCCAGUGCUUAGGCAGAUUCGUCAGAGGAAAAAGCCAAGGAAGCCCUCCUGAGUCACACAGCUUGGAUUGCAGGCCUGCUGCGCGAGAGCUUGGGUGGCCUUGCCAUUCUUGGUGGGGGGUGAGUGAGUGGCUGGCUGCUUGGCUGGCCGUCCGGGUGAUGGACGGGGAGCCGAGACACCAAGGGGCUCUCGCGCAUCGCAGGUCUUUUGUCCCAGGGGUUCUGUCGCCUACAUUUAGACGCCACCCGUCGAUCUUGUCCGGCUUCGCUGGGCCAGUGCCGCUUGGCCUCAUCAUUAAAUCCCUAUUAGUUGUCUCCCUCACUUUGACCCCGUCCACCUGGUGCGAUCAGCCACCUCUCGUCAUAUCAAGGCAGCCAGUCAGUCAGUCGAUCAGUCAGUCAGUCAUUCAGUCGGCCAGUCGUCAGUCGGCCAGUCGGUCAGUCGGUCAGUCGGUCAGUCGUCAGUCGUCAGUCGGUCAGCGUCAGUCGGUCAGUCAGUCAGGACUGCGUGGCGGGCCACGCUGCUCAAAGCAGGCCACCAUGUGCGACCAGAGCAACGCGAACACCAUCUGCGGCAUACCGAUGGAACAGAUCAGGGCAGGUGUCGAUGCCGGCGACAACUUCCUCGUCCCGUUCUGCCACAUGGAGCUGACAGCGAUCCUGGUGUCCGCGCGGGACUUUGGCAUACACCCGGACAACAUCACACAGAACCUGGAGUACCCGGCAAACGUCGCCACCACCGCAGCGCAGAGCGGGAGCUUGCACCGCGCCCUCACGCAGACGGCGAGCCCGGUACAGGACUACCUGCUCUCCCAGUACACCCAGCUGGUCGUCACGGUGGUCGACUUCGCCUACCUCCAUGGUGCCAUCGUCUACCGCAACGGGGGCUACUCCUGGGACGAGAAAACCCUCCCACGCUGGACGCACCGGCCGGCCGCCGCCGAGCAGUGGCUCAAGUCCAAGGGCUGCCCCAUCGGGGACCAUCACUUCAUGGGCCCCGCCAACUGGCUGGUGACGUUCAUGCUGCCCGACCCGAGCGGGAUGAGGCGGCUCCCUGCAGCAGGCCUAGGCCCCCUGAGCGGCCGCAUCCGUCAGCGCAUCUCUGAUCUCGUCGAGUACCUCGACAAGGCGCACAGCGGUGGUGACGGCGUCGCUGUCAAGAAGUCCGUCAGGGCCCUCCGCCGCCUCGUUUCCAGGUAAGGCGGCUGUCGAUGGGGCGAGUCCGACUGCGGCACCGAGCACCCGCAGAACUUCCCAGAGCGCUUCUUGCUCAGUCACCCCGAAGCCGCGAGCCAGCCCUCUCAUCUCAAUCGCGCCGGCACCCCGAGGAGGAGCGCCUAGAUUAGAGACCCCAGCUAGAUGAGUACCAAUUCUACAGCUCAGAGGCGUGGACACAUCCGUUCCACUCCAGCCCAGUGUGCAUAACCCGGGCAGCUUAUCCUGCGAGUAAUGCAGCUACCCGCUGUCUGUGACAAGCGAAGUGAUGCCCCCCCCUGGCUAAAUUCGUAUUUACACACGUGCCACAUAAUUU